UUAAAAAUUUCGUUUGAAACUUAUUAACUUUUUUAAUUAAAAUAAACAAAGUUUGAUUAUUAAAAUAGACACCGUUUUAAAAUUUUGUAUAUUAAAAUGGAAAAAAUAAUUAGUAAGAGUAUUAAAGUAUGUAUCGAAAAAGUUUGGGUAUUAAAAAACUUAACAAAAUUUAUGUUGGGAUAUUUUUAUAGAAUUUUUCCUUUAAUUAAAUAAAUUUAUGACCCAAAUUACUUUUGUCUGAUCCAAGAUAUAUGCUAAAUUGCUAACAAUAUAUGUAAUACACAACUGUUUCACCAAGAGGUCAAUAGCUUUCCCAGCAAGUCAAAACCUUCUCUCUCCUCUCCACCAUGACAACAUUCGCUAUCAACGGACAGCUUACCACGCUACCGGCGGUUACGACCACCGGCUGUCAUCUCUCCACUAGCAGUAAAUAUUCCGCUCCUUCUUCCUCUUACGAACUCCGCUACAACGCUCCUUCCCCUCGCUUCCCAUCUCUUAGAUGUUGCUGCAGCUCACCUAACCGGAGCACGGAGCCUUCGUCUAGGGGCCAUCUCCUUCAAUCGUUGGGGAAGUCUCUUUUCUUCGGCUCGAUUUCGUCGAAUUUCAGCGGCGGAGGAGGAGGAGGAGGCGACGGGAACUUGGGUGGAUCUGGAGGAGGCAGAGGUGGAGGAGAUGGUGGCUUAUGGAGGGACUUGUUCUCUCUGGCGACUCCAGUGGCCGUCGCAGCCGAGGAACACUCACCGGAGUGGGAUUCUCACGGAUUACCGGCGAACAUUGUGGUUCAGCUGAACAAACUCAGUGGUUUGAAAAAGUACAAAAUCUCCGACGUUCUCUUCUUUGACCGGCGGAGCAAAACCACCGCCUCGGCAGAAGAUUCCUUCUCCGAGAUGGUACCGAUUCAUCCAGGAAAAGUCUACACAAAAGCUCAACUUCAGAAUGAGCUAGAAACCCUAACUACUUCGGGGAUGUUCGAAAAAGUCGAUCUCUUGGGGAACACGAAACCUGACGGAGCCCUAGGUCUCACAUUCUCUUUCCUUGAGAGCACGUGGAAAAACGCGGAGAGGUUCCGUUGCAUCAACAUCGGGCUAAUGACACAACCUGACCCGAUACCUCCUGACUCAGACAUGACGGACAGAGAGAUGAUUGAGUACAUGAGGAAGCAGGAUAAAGAAUACAAACGGAGGAUCGAGAAUGCGAGACCUUGUUUGCUUCCAGGACCGGUUCAAAGAGAGAUGAUGCUUAUGCUUAGAGACCAGACGAAUGUUAGUGCGAGGCUUCUGCGGAGGAUUGGUGAUAAAGUUUUGAAAUGGUAUCAUGACAAUGGGUAUCCGUAUGCUAAUGUUACCAACUUUGGAAACUUGAACAGCAAGGAACUUGUCUGUGAAGUUUCGGAAGGAGACAUAACAAGGCUUGUUAUCCAGUUUCAAGACAAGCUUGGUUAUGUCGUUGAAGGUCACACACAGAUUCCUAUCAUCCACAGAGAAAUUCCCAAACAGCUUCGUCCAGGUAAUGCGCUCAACAUGGAAGCUGCGAACCAAGCUGUGAAGAACAUUUUUUCUUUAAACUUGUUCUCUAACGUCGAGAUCAAUCCACGUCCUGAUGAGAAGAACGAAGGAGGUGUUGUUGUUGAGAUCAAGCUUAGGGAGGCAGAUCGGAAAUCAGCAGAAGUCAGUACAGAAUGGAGUAUUGUUCCUGGACCUGGAGGAGCUCCUUCGUUGGCUUCGCUCCAGCCAGGUGGAUCUGUUAGUUUCGAACAUAGAAACAUCCACGGUCUUAACCGAUCUCUCAUGGGUUCAGUGACCACUAGCAACCUCUUAGAUCCUGAGGUACGUACACUCGCUCGGUUUCUAUAUGAUUUUAUUCUGAUACAUAUCUGGUUCAAAACUGUACAUUUUUUUUUCUCUCAGGAUGAUCUUGCGUUUAAGCUUGAGUAUGUACACCCACAUGUAGACGGUGUUAACAAUCCUAGAAACCGUGUCUUCAAAACGAGCGCCUUCAACAGCAGGAAGCUCAGCCCAGUGUUCACUGGGGGACCCGGAUUUGAGGAACUAGUGCCUCCAUUGUUGGUGGACCGAGUUGGUAUAAAAGCUAAUAUUACCGAGAACUUCACCAGGCAGAGUAAAUCCACUUAUGGACUUGUUUUAGAAGAGAUAACAACGAGAGAUGGAAACAGUGAAAUCUCUACAAAUGGUGUGAGGUUAUUACCUAGUGGAGGAACCAGUGUUGAUGGACCUCCAACAACUCUAAGUGGUACUGGUAUUGAUCGUGUAGCCUUUCUACAAGCCAACGUAACCAGAGACAAGACCAAGUUUGUGAAUGGUGCUAUUGUUGGAGAUAGGACUGUGUUUCAGGUGGAUCAAGGGUUGGGUAUAGGAAACAAGUUCCCUUUCUUCAACCGCCACCAACUAAGUUUGACAAAAUUCAUUCAGCUUAAGCGUGUUGAACAAGGAUCCCGUAAACCACAACCGCCUGUGCUAGUCCUCCAUGGCCAUUACGGUGGCUGUGUAGGUGAUCUUCCAAGCUACGAGGCCUUUGGUAUUGGUGGACCUCACUCUGUUCGUGGCUACACCAUGGGAGAGCUAGGUGCCUCGAGAAACAUUCUCGAGUUGAGUGCUGAGAUUAGAGUCCCUGUGAAGAACACACAUGUGUAUGCAUUUGCUGAGCAUGGUAACGAUUUAGGGAGCUCAAAGGAUGUGAAAGGGAAUCCGACAGAGGCUUACAGGAGAAUGGGACAUGGCUCAUCGUAUGGUUUUGGUGUGAAACUCGGUCAAGUACGUGCUGAGUAUGCUGUAGAUCACAAUCGUGGAACCGGCGCUUUUUUUCUCCGGUUUGGAGAGAGGUAUUGAAGUUAAACCUACAAAUAAAACUCAUGUAACCUAAUCUUAGCCUUAUGAGAUUAAACUACAGAUGCAUUAUAGUUUUUUUAAUGAUUUUAUUGAAAACAAAUCAUAUUAUUCAUUACACAAAGAAAACCCAAAGGAAACAGAAAAACAUC